AUGUCCAACAAGGCUGCGGAGCUCAAGGCGCUCCGCCGGCAAGACGACACCGAGCGCCGCCGCAUCCUCUCUCAGCUCGCCGAGGACAAGGCCGAGCGCGAACAGCGCCGCCAGGCGGCUGUGCAAGAUCCGGCUGCGCAAGACCCGGCUGCGCAAGGGCCCACGCCGCCGGGCAAGGGCGCCGCCGGGCCCUCCUCGACAGCAGGUCCGUCCACGACGACGGCGCUCCUCGUGCGCACCGCGGAGGGCGCGCUGCGCGCCUCCUUCUCCGCCGACUCGACCCUCCUCGACGUGCGCGCCUGGGUGGACGAGUCGUGCCGCGUGACGGCCGCGUCGGCGAUGUCUCCCCCGCGGCCGGUCGUCGGCGGCGGGCGCGUGCUCGUGAGCACCGAGCAGACCGAGGCGCUCCGCGCCGGCCGCGAGUUCUUCGAGCAGCAGACCGCUCGCAUGCGAGAGGAGGCCCGCUCAGUACUUGACUGA